AUGUCCGAUACAGAAAAAACUAGUAUUAAAGAAAUCGAGCAUGGCCAACCGCCAUUAAAUGCCGAUGAGGCACUUUUACAAUCACUUGGCUAUAAACAAGAUCUAAGUCGAUCCAUCUCAGCAUUUUCUAAUUUUGCUAUUGCAUUUUCAUGCUGCUCUGUUCUAUCUGGUCUAACGCCUAUGUGGGGUGAUGCCAUGAGUGACGCUGGAUCAUUAGGCGUUAUUUGGGGUUGGGUUAUCACAGGUACAUUUACACUUAUUGUGGCCUUAUCCCUUGCAGAGAUCUGCAGUGCUUAUCCAACCACUGGAGGUUUGUAUUUCUGGGUGUCGCGUUUGGCCACAUCAAAGUGGGUGCCUUUGGCUUGCUGGGUUACAGGCUGGUGUAACUGGAUUGGUUUAUGCUUCGGUAUCACCUCUGUUGAUCUUGGACUAUCUCAAUUCAUCGCUGGUGUGGUUUCUGUGUGGAAUCCUGAUGUCAAUUUAUCUGUCUAUGCUCAAUAUGGCAUCUACGUUGGUAUUCUUAUUGUUCAUGGUAUACUCAACUCAGUAGCUGUGAGCUGGAACGGUGUGAUGAAUCAAGCAGCAUUUUAUGCCAACAUGUUGGGUAUUGCCUUUAUUGUUAUUGUUGGUCUUGCCAUCACAAAACCAUUGGCUACUGGUGAAUUUGUGUUUACACAAUUUUACAACGGAUCUGGUUUUAGCAGCAACGGGUUUGCCUUCUUGCUUGUCAUCCUGCAAUCUCAAUAUACACUUUCAGGCUACGACAGUGCUGCCCACAUGAGUGAAGAAACAAAAAAUUCACAAAGUGGCUCUCCCUUUGGUAUCCUUGUCAGUGUAGCUGCCAACGCUGUCUCUGGCCUUGUGUUCUUGAUUGCCGUCAGCUUUAUGGUGACUGAUUACGAACGACAAAUCUUGAGCGAAAAUGCCAUUCAACCACAGAUGGUUCAAGUUUUUUAUGAUGGCGUUGGAGGAGCUUGGACGAUGGUCUUUUUAGUCUUUGUCAUGCUCAGUAUCUUCUUUUGUGGGUCUGCCUUGACCCUUGGUAGUUCCCGUAUGGUCUACGCUUUUGCUCGUGAUGGAGCAAUGCCCUUUUCAAAACAUCUGCACUCACUCAACAAGAAGACAAACAGUCCAGUGGUCGCCGUGUGGUUUAAUAUUCUUGUAGCAGCCAUUGUUGGUGUCUUGUACAUGAUCAACAGUACAGCAUACGAGGCCAUUGUCUCUGUUAACACCAUUGGUUCACAAAUGUCUUACCUUGUACCUAUCCUCCUGCGCGUCACAGCGUCUCGUACAAAGUUUAAGCCCGGUCCCUUUAGCCUUGGUCGAUUCAGUGUGGUGACGGGAUGGAUUGCCUCUGCCUGGUUGAUCUUUACCUGUGCCCUCUUUAUCACACCAACUACCGCUCCUGUGACACCUGAUACGAUGAAUUACGCUGUUGUGCCCUUUGCUGCAAUCAUGAUCUUUUCCAUGGGCUAUUACUUUAUCUGGGGUCGAAAGUGGUUUACAGGGCCCGUUCGUAUGGUCGAUGGAAAAGAGGUCAUUCUUGAUGAUGAAAGUAUCUAA